GAAGUGUCAGAGGAGAGGAUAAUGUGUGCAAUGGCUUCUGACUAUGGAGCUUUCAUGACCAAAUUCCUUCUCCAACCCGCCAAACCCUCCCCCGCUCUCCCACUGAACGGCCUCACCUUCGCCAUUAAAGAGAUGUUUGAUGUGGAAGGGCAAGUCACUGGGUUCGGGAACCCCGACUGGGCGAGGACUCACUCGGCCGCCUGCUCUACGGCUCCGACGGUGUUGGCGUUGUUAGAAGCAGGUGCCACAUGUGUUGGUAAAACUGUCAUGGAUGAAAUGGCUUACAGUAUAAAUGGGGAGAAUAAACAUUACGGCACGCCGAGAAAUCCAUGUGCACCGGAUCGGGUACCCGGGGGAUCAUCUAGUGGGUCUGCUGUUGCAGUGGGUGCAAUGCUUGUAGAUUUCUCUCUUGGAACUGAUACUGGUGGAAGUGUAAGAGUUCCCGCAUCGUACUGUGGAAUUUAUGGAUUUCGGCCUUCACAUGAUGUCGUUUCAACGAGUGGAGUUAUACCAAUGGCGCAGAGUUUUGAUACAGUGGGAUGGUUUGCUAGAGAUCCAAAGGUACUGAAACAAGUUGGAAAUGUUCUUCUAAAAUCGCCUCAGGUAGAUUAUGUCAGACCUAGUCAGAUCAUUAUUGCAGAGGAUUGUUUUCAGCUUCUAAGCAUCCCAAAGGAUCGGGUGGCUCAAGUUCUCGUGAAAUCCGUUGAGAAGACAUUUGGAGGUCAUGUUGUUAAGAAGACCACUCUUGGGGACUACGUGAAGGAUAAUGUUCCAUCCUUGGACUGCUUUAUGAGUAAAGGAGGUGAUGAAAACGUCUAUAACAUACCAUCCUUGGCAGCUCUUUCUAGUGCAAUGCGAUUGCUUCAAAGGUAUGAAUUCAAGAAUAACCAUGGAGAAUGGGUCGAGACAGUCAGACCCGACUUGGGUCCAGGAAUAUCAGAACGGGUCUGGGAAGCCGUCAGAGUGAGUGAGAAAAAAGUCGACGUGUGUCGCUUGGUGAAGAAAGAAUUUCAUGCUGCUCUUACUGCUUUUCUUGGGGAUGACGGCAUUCUCGUGAUCCCCACAGUCCCAGGGCCUCCGCCUAAAUUACAAACGGAUCCAUCCACUCUCGAGAUAUUCAGAGCAAGGGCAUUUAGCUUGCUGUCAAUUGCAGGAGUAUCUGGAUUCUGCCAGGUAAGCAUACCUCUGGGAAUGUACAAAAAUUUGCCUGUUUCGGUUUCCUUGCUUGCAAAACAUGGCUCAGAUGCGUUCCUGCUUAACGUGGUGGAGACCCUUUAUGAUUCUCUUAGAGAGGAAAUCUCCAUCGCUGAGAAAGCUAGUUACUGAGUCAAGACGUGCUCUUCUCUAGAAUAGUACGUUCCUUCUUCUCUUCAGAAGGUAUUCUGCAUGCUUGCAGUAUUUGGCUGCUCAAUGAAUAGCGACAGUUGAAGUAGCGCUCGACAUGCCUUGUACAAAACUCUGAUAUUGUCAAUGUAUAGAAUUUCAGUUGGAAGGGUGUUCUUUGUGAGGAGUGAAGCUUUGUUCGGUCUGUUCAAACUUAUCUGCCGCUUUUAAGCCAGCAACUUUGUGAGGAGUGAUUGCUUUCCUUACAGUUACCGCAUAUGGGGCUUAGGAAUCCAAUGGUGGCAAUGAUCUGGGCUGAGAACAACCUCGAAAAGAGGUGUCGGAUGCUAGUUUGUUGGGAUGUCUAAGUAAAUCUCGAGGAUUGUUCCCUCCCACUCGGGAAUAACGAAUGUGAAAUUGGGCCGAGCCCGUGUACUAGGUACAUAAAUAAGUUGGUGGUUGAGCUCUUGA